GCCUGACCUAUGACCUGACUACUGUUCCAGCUAACUCCCCGCCGAUUCGGAGCUGAAGAUCAGAAGAGAAUAUCUCAUCUUCACAGGACAAAAACACAGUCAGAAGUGCAUGGGGAGGGUAUAGCCGGCCGCGAUCGUGUCCGACCCAUACGGGGCUGGUGUGAGCGGUGUACAUGUCCAGGCUCGUGCCCCAGACCCCGGGACAACCCGGACAGUUCGGCGGGAAAAGGGAGAAAACAUGGCGGCAGCAACUCCGAGGGAACAGGCUUGGACAAGACAGGUUUUGUGCAGGUUCUUUGUGAGUGGUGUAUGCAGAUAUGGAGACACCUGUAGGUACUCUCACGACCAGGCGAACAAGGCGCCGCCUGUGUGCCGCUUCUUCCUGAAGAACCAGUGUGCUUUUGGAGACAAGUGCAGAUUUGCCCAUGUAUCAUCCACACCAGACGAACCUCGCUCUCCUAGCCCCACAUUCCAACCGAAAGAACGGAAAAGUUCUCUCAAAGUCAAACUAACCGACCUCAAGAGCCAAGAAACUGGUGGUAGAAACGAGACAUCCCCUGGCCUGUCUGAUACCAAGUUUUCCUGGAGCAAGUGGACAGACGCAGCAGAGUUUGUCCCCGGCCAGCCCUACAGAGGAAAAAUUGGGACAGAAGAUGAGGAGGCCUCCAAAGUGGACCUGGAGGAGACCAGGAAGCUGCUGUGUCCGUACGCCAUGAUGGGGUCGUGUCGCUAUGGCGACAGAUGUAUUUACACACACGGGCUGCUGUGUGAGCUGUGUGGGAGCUACUGUCUACAUCCUAACGACCCCGCACAACAGUCGCAACACAUGGAGCAAUGUGUGUCGGACCAUGAGAAGGACAUGGAACACUCUUUCGCUGUGGCUCGGAGCAAGGACAUCCAGUGUGGCAUCUGUAUGGAGGUUAUCUGGGACAAGACUCCCCCGAGUGAGAGACGGUUUGGAAUCCUGUCUAACUGUAACCACCCCUUCUGCCUCAGCUGUAUACGCAAGUGGCGCAGUGCACGGCAGUUCGAGAAAAAGAUCGUAAGGUCCUGCCCUGAAUGUCGUGUCAAGUCAGACUUCGUGACCCCCAGUCAGUACUGGGUGGUAGAGUCAGCAGAGAAGACUGAGCUGAUUGGUACAUACAAGGUCGCUCUGAGUAAGAAGCCAUGCAAGUAUUUCAACCAAGGCAAGGGGACCUGUCCGUUUGGUGGCAACUGUUUCUACCUCCACGCUUACCCUGACGGCAGGAAGGAAGAGCCCAAACCACCGAGGAAGGUGGGGGGAUCUGAUGGCAGAUUCAAGAUUAUGCAGAACUACAACUUGUGGGACUUCUUUGAACAGCGUAGUUCCCGCCACAUGCGCCUGAACGAUGAUGAUGAACUGGACGGAGAAAGCGACAUUAGUUGGGCCGACAGCGACGAUUGGCUGGAUGAAUUGCUCUUCUACUAUUACAGCGGGGGAGACGAUUCGGAGCUUAGCGAUUUUGAUGACGACUAGUGUAGUAUGAUAUUGGAUUUGUCAAGAACUAAACUGGUGGUGGAUUUCAUGCGUUUCCUCCUGAAUUCUGGUUUUCCGUCAUCAUAUUACAGACACAUGUUGCAAGAACUGUUACUAUUAAGUGCCAGAAACCCUAUUGAUGCAAUGUCAGAUUUAGAAAACAUUGUUUCCGAAGAAUACCCAAUUAGUUUUUGAUAUUCUAUAUACAGUUGUUUUUUGUGCUGGACAUGCAAAUGAACACAUGCUAAUAGGGUUAUUCUUUGGAGGACAGUGAAGUUUUGACUGACUUGAGCAUGUUUGAACUUUAAAUGUUUAUUUUUUUGCCCAAUGCUGCUUUCAGAAGAACAAUCAUUACAUUCUACUUUACAAUACCAAGGGUGCACCAACAUUUACAUAUAACAAUUACUGAUAUUACGUAAGGUAGAAAAUGUAUUUGUUCUGAUGCCUUUCUAUAUGUGUGCAUGUUAAGUAUGGUGCGUUGGUCCAGUAGUAUACUGUGUCCAAAAUGAAGCAUGAAAAUGAGGAGGAUGUGUGUGGGUGUUUGUUCAUCAUGCAAGAAAAAAAAUUCUUUGCAUGUUUGUGAUAGUACUAGAAUAUGUAUGGUUGCAAUGUUCACAAAGUAAAUAUAACAGAUUAGUGGUAGUACAUGUAUGGACUAAAUAGAUGGUGUAUAACAUUAUAUAUCAGACAGCAAGGAGAAAUGAUUGGUACCAGAGUGUAUUACCAUUUACCACCAAAGCCUUUCUUUUAUAAACCAAACUACUUGUAACCUUGGUUAGCAUUUGUUUGCUGAUCCAAACUUGUAUUAUGAUAUUUUACCUCAUCAAUAUAGAAAUAAACAAAAAACAUUUGAGCAAUUA